UGACACACGACACCCAACUAUAACUAGUAGGUACAUUCUCUGCCUGGACAACUGCUGCAGGGCAGUCCAAGGACAGCAAGGGACAGACAGACACUCGGAGAGAGAGAGAGAGAGAGAGAGAGAGAGAGAGAGAGAGAGAGACAGAGAGAGAGACAGACACAGAGAGAGAGAGAGAGAGAGAGAGAGAGAGAGAGAGAGAGAGAGACAGACACAGAGAGCGAGAGAGAGAGAGAGAGAGACAGAGAGAGAGAGAGAGAGAGAGAGAGAGAGAGAGAGAGAGAGAGAGAGAGAGAGAUAGACACAGAGAGAGAGAGAGAUAGACACAGAGAGAGAGAGAGAGAGGGAGAGAGAGGGAGAGAGAAAGAGAGAGAGAGAGACAGAGAGAGAGAGAGAGAGAGAUAGACACAGAGAGAGAGAGAGAGGAGAGAGAGAGAGAGAGAGAGAGAGAGAGAGAGAGAUAGACACAGAGAGAGAGAGGAGAGAGAGAGAGGGAGAGAGAAAGAGAGAGAGAGAGACAGAGAGAGAGAGAGAGAUAGACACAGAGAGAGAGAGAGAUAGACACAGAGAGAGAGAGAGAGAGAGAGAGGGAGAGAGAGGGAGAGAGAAAGAGAGAGAGAGAGACAGAGAGAGAGAGAGAGAGAGAGAUAGACACAGAGAGAGAGAGAGGAGAGAGAGAGAGGGAGAGAGAGAGAGAGAGAGAGAGAGGGAGGACACUGACUGACUGAUCAGCUUUCUGACUCCAAAUCCCCCCAACACAUCUUCAAGCUGCAGCAGUGACUUCAGGAGAAGAAACUCACACAAAAGGUUUUUUGUCCUUGUCUUGUCUCCUGUUCACCACCUGUUGUCCUGUAGUCAGGUGUUCUAGAGCUUCAUGAUGCAGACGAUGCAGAGCCAGACGAUGCAGAACCAGACGAUGCAGAACCAGACGAUGCAGAGCAAGACGAUGCAGAACCAGACGAUGCAGAACCAGACGAUGCAGAGCAAGACGAUGCAGAACCAGACGAUGCAGAGCCAGAUGAUGCAGACAUCAGUAGACUAUAAUAAUGGAUACACGAUGCAGACAUCAGUAGACUAUAAUAAUGGAUACACGAUGCAGAUGCAGGAACAGCAGAAUAAUGACUACACCAUCCAGGAUGACGAGUGGGACAGAGACCUGCUCCUGGACCCGGCCUGGGAGAAACAGCAGAGAAAGACUUUCACAGCCUGGUGCAACUCUCACCUGAGGAAGGCUGGGACUGGGAUUGAGAACAUCGAGGAGGACUUCAGGAACGGACUGAAACUCAUGCUGCUGCUGGAAGUCAUUUCUGGUGAAAGACUUCCCAAACCAGACAGAGGGAAAAUGCGCUUCCACAAGAUAGCCAACGUCAACAAGGCUCUGGAUUACAUCACCAGCAAAGGAGUCAAGCUGGUCUCCAUUGGAGCUGAAGAGAUUGUGGACGGCAACAUUAAGAUGACUCUGGGAAUGAUCUGGACCAUCAUUCUGCGCUUCGCAAUCCAGGACAUCACAGUGGAAGGUUAG